AUGGAGUCUGUUGUUGCUGAGCUUGAAGGGACUCUUUUGAAUGAUCCUAAUCCCUUUUGCUACUUCAUGUUGAUAGCAUUCGAGGCUUCGGGUCUGUUUCGGUUCGCGUUGUUGUUGAUGUUAUGGCCAGUGGUUAAGUUGCUCGAAGUUUGUGGGAAAGAGGAUGCCGGUCUCAGAUUAACAAUUUUUGUUGCCACGGCUGGAGUACCUAUGUCGGAAAUUGAAGCGGUGUCUAGAGCUGUGUUGCCUAAGUUUUAUUUUGAUGAUAUCGAUAUCGAGGCAUGGAGGAUAUUCAGCUCAUAUGAUAAGAGAGUUGUCUUGACCAAAAUGCCUAGAAUCAUGGUCGAGAGGUUUGUGAAGGAGCAUUUACGCGCAGACAAUGUAAUCGGAAGUGAACUCUCCGAGAACCGAUUUGGAUUGGCAACUGGUUUUAUUCAAGAUGAUUUUGAUUCGAUCACUAGAAGUGUUGGUGCAUUAUUUGGUGAUGAACAACCUAGUUUAGGACUAGGAAGGCAUCAAUCUGGUUCCGGUCCAUUAUUCUUAUCCAAGUGUAAUGAAGAACAGCACCCACCAUUCAUUACCGGAAAAAAGCAAGAUCUCCACCACAUCAUCCGCCCCCUGCCUGUGAUUUUUCACGACGGCCGGUUAACAAAGCGUCCUACGCCGUCGGCCGCCCUCCUCAUCCUAUUAUGGAUCCCUCUUGGAAUCAUACUAGCCACAAUCCGCAUUGGUGUAGGCCUUAUGCUUCCUAUGUGGGCUAUACCACAAAUGGCCCCCGUAUUUGGAGGCAAGGUCAUCGUUAAAGGCACCCCUCCUCCGCCCCCGACUCCCGGCAGCUCCGGCGUCCUCUUCGUCUGCACCCACAGAACUUUAAUGGACCCUGUUAUCCUCUCCGCCGUCCUACACCGCAGAAUCCCGGCAGUGACAUAUUCCAUUUCUCGAUUAUCUGAAAUCUUAUCCCCCAUUCCCACCGUCCGAUUAACAAGAAUCCGAAAUGUCGACGCUCAGAAAAUAAAACGGCAACUUGAAAAGGGAGAUUUAGUCGUCUGCCCAGAAGGCACAACUUGUAGAGAACCCUUUUUGCUAAGAUUCAGCGGACUUUUUGCUGAAUUAACGGACCGGAUUGUGCCUGUCGCUAUGAAUUACAGAGUAGGGUUUUUCCAUGCAACAACAGCUAGAGGGUGGAAAGCCAUGGACCCUAUAUUUUUCUUCAUGAACCCUAGGCCAAUCUACGAAGUAACAUUCUUAAACCAAUUACCAGUCGAGGCAACAUGUUCAUCAGGUAAAAGUCCACAUGACGUUGCAAAUUAUGUUCAAAGAAUCUUGGCUGCAACAUUAGGGUUUGAGUGCACAAACUUCACCAGGAAGGACAAGUACAGGGUUCUCGCUGGGAACGAUGGAAUUGUAUCACAAACUCCCGACGGGACUCCGGCGAUGGAAUUGAUGAGCAUAUUCAAGAAAAUUAUGGGCGAUUUUAAGCUUCAUUAA